UCCGACGAGAGCCCUGUGGAUGAUUUCAAUGCAGGAAAAACAGGAGUUUCCCUUCCAUUGGAUUUAUAUUUUUGCUCCUCACACUCCUGGAUUAAUGGGAUGAUGAUUAUUUUCUACACAUUUUAGAAGAAGGAUUUAAGAUAUGGACAAUCAGAGCUGUGUAAAGGCUUGGAAAUGGCAAGUAGCUUUCUCCCUCUUCCUUUGUAGCUGGGGCUGGGUCUCUGGGCAGCUGCGUUAUUCUAUUGCUGAGGAGUCUCAUCCAGGGACUGUUGUGGGGAAUGUGGCUCAGGAUCUGGGGGUGAAUCUGGCUGAGAUUAGUAGAAGGAGGCUGAGUUUUGGAUCUGAUGGAAACAGCAGAUUAUUCUCUAUAGAGCAGAAGAAUGGAGCUCUGGUUGUACAUGAGAGGAUUGAUAGGGAGAGCCUGUGUGGAUCCAGCCUGAGCUGUUUGCUGCAUCUAGAGGUUGUGGCUGAGAAUCCUCUGGAGCUUCAUAGUCUGGAAAUAGAGGUUCUGGAUAUUAAUGAUAAUUCACCAUCAUUUUUAAAGACUAAUCAAGUCAUAAAUAUAACUGAAUUAUUAGCAAUUUCUGGUGUCAAAUUUCAGUUAGAAACAGCAAAGGAUUUAGAUAUAGGCAGGAACAGUAUCAGUCAGUACCAAUUAAACCCAAAUCCAUAUUUUUCCUUGCUUUUAAAAAAACGGAAGGAUGGGACCCUUAUUACUGAGCUAGUGUUAGAAAGGAAUCUGGAUAGGGAGGAAAAAGCUGAACAUAAGCUACUUCUGACAGCUCUUGAUGGGGGAGACCCUCCUAAAUCAGGGUCCACGCAGAUAACUGUGAUUGUUUUAGAUUUUAAUGAUAAUGCACCAGUGUUUGAUCAGCCCAAUUACAAGAUCAAUAUCUUGGAAAAUAUUCAGUUGAACACAGUCAUUAUAAAGUUAAAUGCUACAGAUUUAGAUGAAGGUGAAAAUGGUAAAAUCGUAUAUUCCUUUGAUCAUCAUACCUUGGAUUCGGCAAAGACAAUUUUUGAAAUAAAUUCAUAUACUGGUGAAAUAGUGAAUAAAGCAAAUGUGGAUUUUGAAGCUACAGGUUUUUAUGAAUUGUAUGUCAAAGCUACAGAUAAAGGGUCACCUAAAUUAGAGGGUCAUUGUAUAAUCCAGGUUGAGGUAAAAGAUGUAAAUGACAAUACACCAGAAAUUAUUUUCACCUCUAAGACUAAUGAAGUUCCUGAGAAUGCCCCCGUAGGAACUGUGAUUGGAUUCAUCACAGUUAAAGAUAAGGAUUCUGGCAAAAAUGGGCAAAUUGAAUUACAAGUGUCCCCAGGUUUACCCUUCACAUGCCAGCCCAUGUCACAGCGCUAUGCUCUGGUCACCAAUGGGCAUCUAGACAGGGAGAAGCUCUCACAAUACACUAUAAAACUGACGGCAUCUGAUCUGGGUUCUCCAUCUCUCAGCAGCCAGAUUACAAUCAGCCUUACUAUAGCUGAUAUUAAUGAUAAUCAGCCAGCAUUUCUACACAAUGUCUACAAUGCCUUCAUUGCAGAAAACAAUGAGCCGGGUAGACUGGUUAUGUACAGUAUCUGCUAUGGAUCCGGAUGAGGGAGCUAAUGCAAACCUCAUUUACUCCAUCACUGAGAGCCAUAUCCAUGGCUCUCCUG